AUGGACUCCAAGUCACCUCACACGAGCGGCACUGCUGCGGACGAGUCUCCCAUGCUCGACUCCUCCACCAACACCACAAACGGUCAUGACAACACCGAUCUCAGCAAUCACCUUAUGACAGGAACUCCUCCUUCCAGCGAGCUUAUUGCGACCUUUGAGAGCGAUGCUUCCGAAAUCGUCCGGAUGGCUCGCCAAGCUCAGCUAACCCAAGUGCAGCAGGAGCAGGUGCGCGAUCUUUUCACGCUUGCUUCCAACAUUGUCAACGGUCAGGGCUACAGUAAGGUAUCUGAGGAUCAGCUCCGCCUCAAGGAGAAGGCCGAGGAGCUUCGGGAUGAGUUGGAUGCUACGAAGAAGACCUUGGCAGCCACUGGUCGUGAGCUUGGCAUUGUCAAGAUGCAGAUAGAGGACAUGGUAACAAUGCGGCGCGCCUCCUUUCGGCAGACAAUGUCCACUUGA